ACACGACAACAAUUCCAGAGUCAGAAAAAGAGAAGCAUCAGGUACAUCGCUCAGCGUCGAACACAGGGAUCUCGCGGUACAGGACACCAGAGCCAAUCCAGUUAAGGUCUCAAGGACCAGGGGCAUUUAUUAGUCGGUCAGGCAAUAAUACCCCACCACUUUCUCUUAGGCGCAUGGGUAAGCGAAUGGGCGGUGACCUGCGAUCUCUCAGUUCCAACAUCUCGAACCCCAACAUUUCCAACCUCUCCACUUCCACAACCCAUACCGAUACCCAUACCGAUACCCAUACCAAUACCCAUACCAGUACCAAUAGCACCGACAAGGAAAAGAAGAAGGAAAAUCAAAAUCCCCACCAGCAGAGCAACACCCCCAUAGCAAAUGAAGGCCGUGUCCGAGCCAAGGACAUGACCGAUGUAUAUGUGAGUAUAUUAUUUUCUCUUUCUUUUUUUCCAAAGUCCUUCCACUUUUUUUUUUUUUUUUUAUGUGUGAUUCACCUUAUUGUUGUUGUUGUUUUUUUUGACCAUUCAUCAUUGAUGAAGUGAUUGAUUGAUUGAUUGACUUGAUUGAUUGAUUGAAUAAAACAUCCCGAUCAUAUCAAAUCAAUAAUAAUGACAACCAGUAUUCUAUAUGCUAAUCAUCCACACUUGCAGGAUGGCUACGGCGAAGGCCGCAUUGGCUCCCCGCGGUCCCCAACGAGACCACAGAGCAUGCGUCGUCGGCAAAGUAUGCAGGUAUUAGAGCUCGAAUCCAAAGUAGAACAAUUGAUGGCCGAGAAUCGCGCGCUUGCCGAUGCAAAAGCCCAUGUCGAACUAGAUCUGAACCAUCAAACCAUAUCCGCUGUGACGGAGCGGGACGCCGAAAUCGAAAGUCUAAAGGCCUCGCUUGAGUGGCUCCGCAAAGAAGUUACCCGAUUGACCGAGGUCAACGAAGGUCUCCACAGCGCCAAUAACGUCCUUGCGCUCCAGCAUAGUGAAAAGUAUGGUCACUUGGAAUCUCAACACAGUUCUGCUGCCAAAGAACUUGACGAGCAUCGUUCUGCUAGAAAUCAAUACACCAAAACACUACAUCAAAAAGACGCGGAGAUUCAAGAGCUUCGUGCCCAGCUCGAGGCUACCAAGGAGCAAGUCAGACAGAUGCAACAACAGAUUCUCGCUACGAAGCCUCCCGAUGUCGAAUUCCUCCGCCUUCGAGACGAGGAUUACUUUGAUCAUCGUUGCCAACAAUUGUGUUCGCACGUGCAGCAAUGGGUCCUUCGCUUCUCCAAAUUUUCCGACAUGCGGGCCUGUCGCUUAACAAACGAAAUCAAUGACGAGAAGAUCAUCGACCGAUUAGAUAACUGCGUUCUAGAUGGAUCUGAUGUUGAUGAUUACCUGAGGGACAGGGUGAAGCGACGGGACAUCUUCAUGUCCAUGACCAUGAACAUGAUCUGGGAGUUCGUCUUCACCCGUUACCUCUUCGGCAUGGACCGAGAACAACGCCAGAAGCUCAAGUCUCUGGAAAAGCUUCUAUUGGAAGUCGGGCCGCAGCAGGCAGUCCGCCAGUGGCGUGCGGUGACACUGACGCUACUGUCCAAGAGGCCAGCCUUUGGCGACCAACGAAACCAGGACACGGAAGCGGUCGUGCAGGCCAUCUUUCAGACGCUAUGCCUAAUUCUCCCACCUCCCUCCAACCUGGAAGCGCAAAUCCAAUCGCAGCUCCGCCGCGUCAUGCGUGAGGCGGUUGACUUGUCGAUUGAGAUGCGCACGCAACGAGCCGAGUAUACAAUGCUGCCACCGUUGCAGCCCGAGUACGACGCCAGCGGCGACCUGGCACGCACCGUCGUUUUCAAUGCAGCCAUGAUGAACGAGCGAUCCGGCGGGUCCAUCUCCAACGACGAAUACGAGGCCCAAAACACCAUUGUCCGCACCGUGCUCUUCCCACUCGUGGUCAAGAAGGGCGAUGAUAAUGGUGUCGGCGAAGAAGAGAUUGUUGUCUGCCCCGCACAAGUACUUGUCGCAAAGCCACCGCGACAGCCCACGGCACGUAUAGUAACACCGUCUUCCGACGCAGGUGGCGUACCACUAUCUAGGGGCGCUACACCAUCAGUUUCGGGUCAGGCCCCGAGCGUCGUCAGCCUGCAGAUGCAGGACGCUCCUCUUCCCAUCCCGACCCCCCCAUAUGAGGCAGAAUACAUGGAAGGCGGCAUUUAGAAAGGCGGCGCCUCUAUACACGGAAAGGGGCACAGAAUUUAAUAAUGGGAUUGCAUACCUAGGUUACGAAGAGGAAUAAUGAAAGGGUGCAUAUGGGGAUAAGCAUAUGACCGGGCCGAUAAGUAACGAAUGCAUUUAAUGGAGGAGGGAAACGGACGGCCACAUAUGAAGAUAUGUCACACACACAAAAAGAGAGACACAUACGGGGUGUUGGUACGAUACGAUCACGAUACGAUACCUGGCCGGCGUUUACUCCGCUUUCCUGUUUUGCUUUUUUUUUUUUUUUUUUUUUUU